UUGAGCCAACCAGCUAGCUAGGCAACCAAACGGUGGAUUCGAGCUUAUUCAGUCAGUGUUUGUCCGAAAGUCGGCUCAUUUGCAGGUUACAUUACCGGUCCCUGGCCCUUGGGUUGUGUUCAAAGUGUGCUUGGAAAAGUGUGUUCACAUUCGAAAACCGAAAGCAGAGGGAUUAGUUUUGCCGAAAAGCCACCGGUGGUGUUCCGAAGUAAAGUGCCCGAAAAAGUUGUUUAUCGCUUUAUGCCGCCUCAGGCCAGCCGUCUACAGAGCAAUAUAAUUGAAGAACAACUUUUGCAUAAACAUAAAUUCAUCCGGGUGGGACAGUUUGGCGCAAAACAGGACGACAUCUAGCCGAGUUCCAAUUAAUUUACGAUGGCUUUGAAAUUUCAAAUCACCCGUCUGUCCGUCAAUGUUUCGCUGUCAUGUCUGGCAGUUGCUGUUCUUGCCGCGUUGAUGAUUUCUCAGCCUCAACCUGCGUUGGCCUCCAUAAACGACAAUGAAGCGCAAAUUACACCAAAAAUUGUAAAUCACGGAAGUGGUUUCCAGCACCAGCAGCAGCAACAUCAGUCGGAUGUUCCUCGUUCCAGUAUCUUGGAUAACAUCUUCAACAUUCCGAUCCAAACGCUGAAAGCUGUCAACAAUUUGGUUCAAAGCAUCGCUGGAAACCUGCAAGCUGCCGGAUCCGGUUCCUACUUCCGGCAACCGCAUGACCACGCCCGAAGUGAGGCUCAUUCGAGCACUACCGAGGAUAGCAACACCGUCAAACGGCAUCACAAGAACUAGGCUGUGUCCCGUUUGCGGGAAAACGGUGCCUAAUUGCUUCCUGAGAAUAGAUGAAUGAUGCUGGUGGAAGUUGGUGUCUUGCUUUUUGGUUGGAAUUAGCUGUGAUCACUUUUUAAUAAUAUAGUUAUACUUUUAUACAUAAA